AUGGGAGACGGAUGGACGGAAGUUCGGCACCGGAAAAAACCAGGGAUUCAUCGGAACGAUUCUGACAUAACAAGCUAUUUCGUUUCCAACAUUCCCAAUGGUACGACAAAAGAAGAGUUCAGGAGAAUAUUCAAGACAUUUGGGACGCUGUCAGACGUCUACUUUGGAGGAAGAAAAGGAAAAAAUGGGAAGAACUUUGGCUUCAUUCGAUUUGAGAAUGUUACAGACAAGAAGUUACUAGAAUCAAAACUGAAUGGUAUAAUUUGCAGGAACUAUAAACUGGAGAUAAAUAUAGCGAGACAUGAAAGGACAGAGAAACUGCAGCCACCCAGUGGGGUGAGAAGAUGGAGUCGUACUCACGUGCCGAUCCCAGUCAAAGUUAGAGGAGGAUUCACGGGUGAAAAAUCAUAUGCAGAAGCUCUUAGUGGUGGUGACAAAGUCAAAAUCCUCCUAAAGAACCUACCACCCAACCUUGCGCCUGUUCGUCUAGUUAUCAAUGAAAAUAUGGUGCGUUGGUUGAAGGGGUCCACUCUCAUCGGUGAGGUGAAAUCAUUAGACCAUCUCGGACAUCUGCCGGCAUUGCUCUCUAUUCAUUGUGACAUGGAUAUGAAGGUCAAAUACGCGGGAGGUAUGAAGGCCAUUCUUGAGUUUGGAUCAUCGUCUAAAGCUAAGGAUUUCCUGUCGAACGAAAAAAACUGGAAAGAUAUAUUCAACUCUAUCAAGCUUGGUGGAGAGAAUGAUUAUAAAUUUGAUCGUGUUGCAAAUGUAAGAAUUGUUGGAUUGCCUAUAAGGUUAUGGAGUGAACCAAAUUUCUCUGCCAUUGUGGAGAAGUUCGGGAAGAUAAUUAUUCCGUUUGAUCAUAUUGGGGAUAGAAUGGACCUCUCAGUAGUAAAAAUCGGCAUCCUUACGGAAGAAAAGAAAAAGAUCAAUGAAGUUAUUAAGACUGAAGUUGGUGAGGAAACGUUCGACAUUGGUGUGGUUGAGUAUGAAGAUGAACCAUGGUUUCCCUUCAAGUUCGAUGAUGUUGAUCAACCAUAUCAAUCUGAACCUGAAGAUAAUUCUGACGGGGACACAGAAGUUGUUGAAUCCGACAAAGACGACGGUGUGCAUGGUUCUAAUGAAGAUGAAGAUGGUAUUUCAGAUACAUGGAUGGAUGAUAUUGAAGAUGGUGAAAUAGUUGGAGAUGUGAAUAGGAAAAGCAAUGGAAUCAGAUGUUGUGGGAUCGCCGGUGAAGAAGUCUCUUCCGAUGGCCCGGACGCAGUAGCAGUCCCGCACCAAGCGCCUAUGGCGAUCUUGGAAUCCGAAAAGGCGUUUACUUAUUCCAAUGAAGUGAAAACGAUUCUGAUUCCCACUGAUACUGGCCUAACUGAUGAUAAUGAAGCAUGUGGAGAUAAGCCUAAGGAAUUCGAUCGGGGCACAGUUGGCCUGGCCAUACAGGAUGCUUGUAAAAUGGAUAAUCCGCUAUUGGGCUCCCCAAGGCCCACUUCGCCCACCUCCUUCCCUUCCAUAUUAGCCCAGUCAGGUUGUUUUGGACCUUUUCCAUAUAACAAGCAGACCCCUUCCCCCACUUGUCAAACAUCCCAACUGCAAGGUAUCAAUAUUGGGCGUUCGUAA